UUUCUAUUGUUCUCUUACACAUAAGUACCAUCUCGAAGGAUCAAAUUUCCCUAAUGUCUGACCAAUAACAGUGCACAUACGCACAUUAAUAACAUUCCAAUCUUUAUAUUACGGAUAUCGUAUGGACAAAAGUAUCGUAAAAUUUCUAUGUGAUGCAAUUUUUUUUUGCCUUCAUAUUCUUGUCUAUCGCCGUCUAUCGUCAUACAAACGGAAACUAAAGAGCAGUUCAGAUACCAAUUAUUCCGUUAAUCAAGCACCAACUGGCACCAGUUUCUGACGUGAGAGGUGAACUUUUACGUACUUGUGUCCGUAUCUUCUAAGCGAGUCGUCCACGAGACCAUCGAGAUAAUUAGAAACAAGGAAGUCUCCCGAGACAGUUUGGAAGGUGUGGAGUUACAAGUGUGGAUUUGGUUGGCGGUAGCACUUAUAAUUUAUUACAAACAAAAUAAUGGAAAAAGAAACAGAAGUCAUCUGUAUCUCUUCCGAUGAUGAAUCAGACUCGCAAAAGGAAAACAAAACAGAAAAAUUUGUAACGAAUUCUGCAGAGACUAGUAAUGGAGUCUUUGCAAUUGCAAAGUCGGAAACUUUACUCAGCGAUAAUGAGAAAGCCGAGGAGAAAAAUCUCAAACGAAAAAUAUAUACAGAGAAAGACGAAAUAACUUGUAAUGUAGAAAAAAAGAAAAAGUUAGAUGAUGCUGAUCAAGGCACAUCUAAAAAAGUAAUAAAUAAGUCUGGCUUCUGUUCUGUGUAUAUACGUGAGAUACAUCCUGUUAAAACUAAUUGUAUAAACGCACUUCCAAAUAAGAAGCAGGAAGUAUUUAAAAAGGCACAAUUGAUUGUGAAGGAGAAGAAAAGAAUAUCAUAUGUUUCACAUGACGUUUUUCCCUUGUUUAUAAGUUUAUGCUCACAAAAAUGUCCACAGAGUGAGAGAACAGAUAUGGAAAAGAUCAUUGACAAGUUAAAAAGACAUUAUGAAAACAUGGAUCCAAUUUAUGCUGGAUCAGAAAAUUUUGUCACGUUUAUAAAUGAAAAGCGUGAGGCAAUUAUGAGUGACGACAAAAAAAUAUACGUAUAUAUACAGGAAGUGGUGAACGAAAUGAAGAGAAGGAUUAAUAGAAGUAACUCUCAAGCAUCGCGAAUUAAUGAAAUCUACGAUGCAGUUCCUUCUACUUCCUAUGCGGCAAACAAAGUACCAGUUAAUAAUGUGGCAGAAUCAGAUGAUGAUGAUAGCGAGAUCAGUGAUGAUAAUGAAGAAAAUGCAAAUCCUGAGACGAAAAGAAAGAUCAAGGCUAUAUUGCACACUAUGAAAAAAUGUGAGGCAGUUAUAAAAAAAUUAGAAGAAGAGGAUGUUGAUUUUAAUGACGAGAAUAAUAGUACUUAUAUAAAGGAAACAAGGUAUAAACAGAAAAUGGUGGAACUGUAUACUAAACUUUGUGAGCUAACGGGUGAAAAUGCUGAUGCAGGACGUGUAUAUUUGCGUCCUAAACAUUUAAACGUAACUCGGAUUGGUUCUGUUGAUCAGGCAAUAACGAAUUUUAUUAAUUCUAAAAUUACACGAAGAAAUCAAAUGAAAAAGAUCGGAGCUCGUACGAAUGAUUUAAUAUUCCCUGAUUACAGGGACAUUUUGAAAUGUGUUAAUAGAUGCAAUGACAAAAAAAAAUUAGGUUUAAGUGAAAACACAUGCCAACAAUUGGCUGAGAAAGGUUUCAAAGAACUUGGAGAAUACUUGCAACGCGUAAGGCGCAACGAUUAUUGGGACACCUUUUCUUUAUAUCUUGAAAAUAAGGAAGAUCCAGCUAUAAAAGAUAAAGAUUUAGCGAAAAAACUUGCUAACAAUCGUAUCGAUGGUGAUAAACGGUUAGCUGCCGUAUUUGCAAAAUACGAACAAAAACAAGCGGAAAUAACAGACCAGAAUGACGAAGAAAUAACUUCGGAGGAAGAAGAAAACGAAGACGAAGAAGAAAGUAUUAUAGAUGAUGAUAAAAAUGAAUUAUCUAUAACAAGUGAAAAUGAUAGUGAUAUUCAAGAAAACAAAGACAAAACAAUUAAAGAAGAUAGAUUACUUGUGGAAAAGACUAAACCUGUAAAUAUGGUAAAUGUAUAUCGUGCUGUGGAUAAACCUAUUUCAAAUAAAACUACAACAAAUACAAUACAAAAGAAGAAAUGUAACGAAAUUGUUGAAAUUAAAGCUCGGAAAAAGAGCAACAUCAAUACGGCAGUGUCAAAAAAUGAGAUUAGGACAAUUAACGAGAAGAUAGUACAUGAGCCAUGCAGUAGUAAUAUGAUCCUACAAAACGUUGUAAAAAAUGUGGACGUCAAAACAAGGGCGCAAGAGGACUCACUACCAGCGGCUUCCAUGGCGAACUGCACAAAGGAUCUAGCGGUGGCCAAACCGAAAGAUCUAUCCAAAGUGAUAACAGAUCCUGCAAAAAAGAGGGUAACGAAGCAUGCAGCAGAUACAGUAACCAGGAUAACAACCGAACUGACAACAGGUGAUACAGCGGAGUUGACAACAAGAGAUGCAGCGGAGUUGAUAAUAGAUACCGUGGAUUUGAUGGCGAAAGACACAGCGGAAUUGAUAACAGGAGAUCUAACGGAAACAAUAAUGGAAGAAGUAAUAACGGAUGAAAUGGAGAUAAUAACGGAGACGGAGGUCAUGGAUGGAACACUCGAGAAUAUGCCAAAUGACGAGCAACCUGAAGAGGAACAAAAAACGUUAUUGCGAUUGCGUUCAUUCGCUAAAGCUCCCACGACCUGGGAGGACAGCCAGCACAAGACGGAUAAGAUCGCCCAAGGAAAUGCGCCAAAGGUAACAAACCAAAUUAAAGAAGUAGUCGAUUUGACUAGUGAAACAACUGCCACCAAGCCACCUGUUAUUACCAAGUGUUCUGUACAGCUUGGGAACAAAAUAAUUCCAAUAACGAAGGCACGUCAAACAGUGCUUAUACCUGCAAAUAGGAAUAUAAUUAGCGUUCAAAAUAUUACGAAUAAUUACCUGAAGGUAAAUGCGCGAACGGGGAAGAUCAUAGCACCUGUGCGCGACAUCGAUGGAUCCACGAUAAUCCGAUUGCCAUCCGUUCAAAGUACCAGUCGACAAAGCCAACCGCAGAGCGCCAAAGUAUUCGCUUUCAAAGGAAACGAGAUACUUCGAAUUAUACCCAAUAAGUCGAUUAUCAUACCUAAGAAUUCGUCAGUGCAAUCCGUCUCUAAGCAAACGGAUGUGAGUUCGUCGACAACAAAAUCCAAAUGACUUAAACAUAUUGCAGGGACUGUACUAUUAGAUCAUUGUUAUGCAAAAAGCAGCGAUGCUCCAAUUAAUUCGGCAAAGUGAUCAAUUUUUAUGUUAAAUACAGAUAUUCAUAUAUGUCUAUACAGAACAUUUCUAGUUUAAGUCAAUAUAUAAGUCAAAUAUAUCUCAAAAAGAGGCACAUUAAUAUAAUUAAUAAAUUUUUUUAACGAAA